GAGUUUAGUUAAGUGACUUGAGGGAGCUAGAGGCUGAGUUUGGAAGAAUAUCUAGGCCUAGGCCUAGAUCAUUACUUCAACAAGAAAUAUUGUUUUAUUUUUUAGAUUAGCCUUUGACCUAGGCUUAUUACUAAUAGCACGAACAUGGGUAGCUUACUGACGCGAUUUAGGAAACAAAAAACAACAGUUGAAAUUCUCGAAGAGAUUGAAACAGAUAUCAGCAGACUGCUAAAAUUCAAGCGUCAAGAUCAACAGCUUGAAAAGCAGUACCUUGGUUCUUUAAUUAUCUAUUCGAUAGUUCUCUACAUAUGUGGUGCUCUCCUGUUUUACCUUAUCUUCUGGCCACAGACAUUAACAGAGACAGUUGUACGAGCCAUUCCGCUUCUUAUUUUUCCUUUUGUUAUAUGGGGAGUUCGCAAACUACUGCAAUGGUAUUUUAUCAAAAGAAAAAUUAAAAAUGAUAUUGCUCUUGAAGACCUGAGGGAAAAAAAGAAAAAGAUAUUAGAGGAUGUAAAAGAGACAGAAAGUUACAAAAAAGCAAAAGAAAUACUUGAAAGGUUUGAUCCUUCCUCAAGACCACCUCCCCCACCUUCACCAACGCCUGUGGUACAUAUCGGUGCUUCCCAAACAGCUCCAAAUUUAAGGCAACGGGCACAAGCAGCACAAAUGGGAAGACGCAUCGGUGGGCCGCCACAGCCAGGCAUGCCACAGCCAGGCAUGCCACAGCCUGGCAUGCAACAAAGACCGAUGCUAGCAAUACCCAAUACCCCAUCACAAUUUACAACACCAAGACGUCCAGUCACAUCAAGACCUAUUUUACCUCAACAACGUGGUGCUGUUGAUAAAUUAAUGGAUUAUUUAGUCGGUGAUGGGCCUGAAAAUAGGUACGCACUUAUCUGUAAGCAAUGUCACUCACACAAUGGCAUGGCCCUCAAGGAGGAGUUUGAAUAUCUUUCUUUUAGAUGUGCUUAUUGCAAUUUUUUGAAUGAAUCAAGAAAGCAACGCAAGAAUGCUCCAAAACUUCCAGAAGUCAGCUUACUUAGUGAGCCAGCUUCUCCACCAACUAUACAAGAAGUUGAAGAAGAACCUUCAGACUCUGAAAUUGAACAGGAACGACAGCCAGUUGAAGGAAGAGGUAUUGAUGAAGAGAGUGGAAGCAUAGACGAAGUAGCAAACACAGAGGAAGUAGGAAACACUGAAGAUAAUACUACAGAGAAUGUUAAUAGCAGAGAAGAUGGUGAAACUGUAAAUGGUGUGAAUACAGAAGUGGCAACAGGUGCUACUUCAACCGAUGAUACCCAAAGUACUCUUAAAGAGGAAAUUACUGAAGAUGUGAAAUGAAAGACAGAAGGUCAUUUUUUGUAUUAGUUUAAAACAUACAAAAUUAAAUCUUUUUGUUGCAAACUUAUUCCUGGCAGUACAUGUGCCAACCCUCUGUGGGUCACUUUUAAGCAAUGGGGUUUGCUGUUGUCCAUUGUACAGUGAUUGUACAAUAAUUUAAAUCACUUGGUGCCUUAAAAAUAUACAACUCAAACCCUAGCUUUUUAUUCAGAAUGUAUGAAGUUUCUUUUUUGAGUACAAUGCACAUACAGUGCCAACUUUUUUUUUUAUUGUAAUUAUCAUUUACUGUAAAUUAUUAAUAAAGUAUAAACAGUUGUAGUUCCUGUUUUAUGCGGAAAAAACUAUUAAAAAAACAACUGAACAUAAAAACAAUGUCUCAAUUGUGUGAAAGACAUGUUCCAUGGUUUUUUGGUUACUAUGCUUGCCAAAGUCAUAGGCAAAUUUAUGAUAAGGAUUUUUCAAACAAUACCAACACCUAAAUAUCACAUUGUCACUUGGUUAUGGAGGUAUAGACCAUCCUUGUUAAAUAAAGUAAAAUUAAACCAAUAAUAAUUAAAAUAUAUUUAUUGUGACAUUACAAUACAAGGUAUACAAAUCUAUAGCAUUAUUAAAACUAGUUAUUUAUGGGUUACAACAAGAAAGUAUUUGUAUUAUUUUGUGCAACUGUUUUUGUCAAAAGAUAACCAUUUCAACAUGAUAAAAACCAAAUGCAUAUAUGAACAGAACAUUGUAUUUCUGUGAUUAACUUGAAAAUACAGAAUUAAAAUAAAAUAUAAGUUAAAUAAUAUGUAUAUUAUUCUACAUGCUAGUGCCUAAUUGAUUCAAGUUUAAUAAAAUGUUGCAACAUAAUUAAACUUCAAGAUAGACAGAAACUGUUAACAUAUAAUACAUGGUAGAAAAUAUGGUGAUUUCUCCAUGUGUACAAUAUAUAUAGCAUAAUAAUUAUAAUUGGACUUGAAUAGUGCAUCAUUCAAAAAAGCAUAUAUAUAUUAUAUAUAUAUAUAUAUACAUAUAUACUUAAAACACAAAAAUUAUUCAGAAUAUUUCGACCUAAUGUUGCUCAUCUUCAAAAUGUGUGCUUUGCGACUUGGUUAUUAUUUGGCCCUUGUGUCUUACAUCUUUUAAAGAUAACCAUAACAAACUGAAACCAUGUAGAAACAGACAUGUUUGUGUACCUAUUACAUUGCACAUGUUUAACAUGGGUCUUUAGUAAUAGUUGCCAUUUUAUGCUAUUGAUAUGACAUAAGGUCAUAGUAAAUAUAAGCAGCUGAAGUUAGGAGUGUAUACCCAAAAUAUAUAAGUAUUGGAUUGUUGUGAAUAAUGUAUUCAAUGGUGUUGAAAUCAUUGCUAGUGUACCGUGUAUGUGUGUGUUAAACUUCCUAAUCUUAUUUCCAGUUGCCUAACUGCAUUUGUUAGCAUGGAUAAACUUGCCAAAGUAUUAAAAAAAAGGUUUCAGUUCGAACGUUCAUAAAGCAGAUAUUGAGAAUGAAUAAAUUAUUUGAAAACAAAGUUUUAA